UCUGCUAACUGUGAGAUUUUAAUCUCUCUAUCAAAAACAAAGAUGCCUUUAAACAGUAUCAUUCUGAAUAUGACGAGACAGCACCUUCACCACUAAUAGAAAAAGGAAGGGGACAAUUGGACAGUCUUGCCUGACUCCCCGUUCUUUAAGGUACCAGACUGUAGCUUGGCGGGGCUGUUGACGUCAUUGUAGGAGAGGCUGACUAAAUUAAUAAAUGUGUCGCCGAAACCGAAAAGUUUAAGAGAGCGUUAUAAGGGUGGAGAAAACAUUGUCGCUUCUUGAAGGACGCGCCAGGCGUCGCGCGUGCUCUUCCAAGAUAGGUCAGAGUGACCAAACUGUUCUCAGAACAGAUUCCACUUCCAUAAACCAGCGCGAAAAACCAGUGCCGGCUCCGGCUAGCUGAUCUCAGAUCAGGUACAUCUUCUCGUACUAGUGUGGAUUCGACUCCGAGUCGACUCGUUUUGGGAUCGAUUCAUAGACUCUUCAUUCCAGUGGUGUGUCUGAGCCAGAGAGCCAGAGAGUUAGUAAUGACUUGUUGCUGUAGCUGGAUUGAGGACGAAGCUGUUUAAACGAGUCUUUAAGUUUUCUGCCUAGAUUUGUGCUUACCAUCCCUCUGUGUUUCCUGGAGACCCACUCCUUUACCCAGUGCUCUCGCUCAGGAUCUCUAAGGACCAUUCAGCACCAUGAACUGGGCAUUCCUCCAGGGUCUCCUAAGCGGGGUCAACAAAUAUUCCACAGCAUUUGGGCGCAUCUGGCUCUCUGUGGUCUUUGUGUUCCGCAUCAUGGUGUUCGUGGUGGCUGCAGAGAAGGUUUGGGGUGAUGACCAGAAGGAUUUCACGUGUAACACAGCGCAGCCAGGCUGCCACAACGUAUGCUACGACUUCUUUUUCCCCAUCUCUCACAUUCGCCUGUGGGCACUGCAGUUGAUCUUCGUGACGUGUCCAUCACUGCUGGUGGUGCUGCACGUGGCCUACCGCGAGGAUCGUGAGCGCAAACACCGCGCCAAACAUGGCGACACCUGUGAUCGGCUUUACCAGAAUACGGGCAAGAAGCGUGGAGGACUCUGGUGGACCUACGUUCUUUCACUUGUCUUCAAAAUGGCUGUAGAUUGUACCUUUGUCUUCCUGGUGUACUAUCUGUAUGAGGGAUAUGACUUCCCGACGCUGGUGAAGUGCUCGGAGGUGCCGUGCCCAAAUGUUGUGGAUUGCUUCAUCUCGAGGCCCACCGAGAAGAGGAUCUUCACACUCUUCAUGGUGGGCACCAGUGUAAUCUGCAUCCUGCUCUCGCUCUGUGAGAUCCUCUACCUGGUGUGCAAGCGAUGCUAUGAGGGCAUCCUGAAACGCUUAGGUAACAGGCAGGCGGCUCGUGCCACUUCCAUCCACAAUGUCAAGAACACAGAUACAUUGUUGGAACGCAAUCCAAUGAUGGGAAAAGUGCCAACAUACACAGUCUCAAUAUCAUGAUGAGGAACCUGGUAUUUGGACCUGGAAAGGAACCUAAGAGACUCUUAACAGGAAAGGUGAUGGGGACCAUUUAUGGAAUAAUUUAAUGCAUUUUGCAAACCUGUAAUAAGACUGAGAAUUACACCUGGUUUAUUUUAAGAUGCACAAGAACUUUAUUAUGUCUCGAGAUAGUUUGCAAACAGUUUGUUCCUCAUACUAGUCAGUUACAAAACACUACCCAAAACAUUACCAAGAUGAACUGAGAUUGAGGCGUAGCUCUGUUACGAACAUUUUUAACAUGCAUCUGCAUGUUCUAUCAAGCCUUUCACUUCUGUAGCGGUUUUGGCUGUGAAUCAACUGCCUGAAAAGCAGGCGAGGUCCUUUGUUUAAGACCAAAGCCACCAGUCCUCUUAUCCUUGCUUCAAAAAGGAAAAGGUGUAAAUAGUGAAAGAUGAUCGCCCUAUGCCUUAAAGCACCCAGGAACAUAUCUGCCCUGAUUGUUUUUAGCACUCUGUGUUUCUUUUGUUCAUGCCAAAGCUGCUUAGAGAUUUAUUUGCAAACAAAAAAUAUCAAAAAAGCACUUGAAAAAAAAUGUAUGCACCAGAAUGUAAGAUUUUAGAACCAUGAAAAAAAUUGUUUGAGGUACUAGCUCCUAUUUCUUGUAUGAAACUCAUUUCUUGUAUGAAUAGAGACAGAUGUGUUUAUGCAGCGCUUAUAAAGUGAUUUUUCUUGGCUAAAAAUUUAUUUUGUAUGUGCAGAAAUCUCAAUCGAAAUGCUGAUUUUUAUGAUUAACUUUGAUGUUUAACAAAACUAUAUGCUGUCGAGUGGGCGACAAAUGCAUAGAUGAACAAUGGGAAAAGAAAAGAGCACGUUUGUUGAUCUUUUUUCCAUCCGUUACACAAAGAGCGAGUCCCAGAAGCUUAUAUAUUUUUGGCAGGGCAUUUCUUGAAAGACUCGAUGACUCAUCUGCCCCGUUUCCAUCUGAUUUUGGUUUGUCCUUGGAGAAAAUCCAAAACCUUUCCCCAAUAGAGGCUGCUUUUAGACAUUCAAGCUUGAAUGGUGCUAAAACUUGUGCUAUAAGAGCAUUCCUCUGAGAACAAAUACAAACCCACACCUGUUUGUAAAAUAUCCAUUUUCAUUUUUUAAAUUGUAUUGUAUUAUUAUAUUUUUCUAAACUGUUUACAAUCUGUUUAUAUUCCCAAUCGAUGUUACAUUGAGGAAGUAAACAAAUAUCUUCCUGCCAAGUCUGCUGACUUCUUUUUGCACAACUGUUUAACCACAGAAAUUCUGGAUGUCUAUUAUAUAUAUAAAUGUUAUUUUUUGUUUGUUUGAGGUUGUUUAUAUGAGUUUUUAAACUUUCCUGGUUAAGGCGCUUUUGUAAGGAAACUUAAAUGCAAAUGUUAUGUUCUAAAUUCCUGCGCUCCUCAUGCACCACGCUGUAGGUCCUCAGGGAAUUAUGUGCCUUCUAGGUAAUUAUGAAAAUGCUACGGAUUUUCCACGUGUGUUUGUGUGUGUAUGUGUGUGUGGGAGAGAGAGAGAGAGAGUGUAUGUUUAUGUUUGUGCAUCCUCUGAAUGUAAACCAGUCUCAGAGUGGAUUUCCUCUGUUUGUCGUCCAUAUUCUGAACAUUCCUUCAUGUUUUUUUUGUAUUGCUUCUCAAUAAAAGCCAGUUUUCUACAUAUCGAA